AUGAGCGAAGAUACAGAAACAGUUAGCGUCCAGGGCCGAGAGUUCCAAAGAACAUCCCUCGACGAGGGUGUUUACUACGCCCCAGUGGCCUUCGACGACCGCGAAGAGAGCAGACUAACAGCUCAACACGAAAUCGUGUCCCGUAUCUUCGGCGAUGGACUCUUCUCCCCUCGGAUACCGGUGGGAGAGCCCGAGGCAAUAUUGGAGUGCGGCUACGGUGGUGGAGACUGGGCUGUCCAAUGCGCAGAUGAAUUUGAAGAUUGCGAGGUAACUGCUCUUGACAUCUUCCCUAUGCAGAUGGACCGACCCGAGAACCUAGACCUGGUCGCUCACAAUCUCAACGAUCCUCUUCGUGAUCCCGACAUAUUCAAGGCGAACCACUACGAUCUCAUCCACUCGCGGUUCGUGUUCCCAGGCAUCAAGAGCGGGAGAUGGAAUGGAUACAUCAGAGAUAUGAGGUUGUUGCUACGGCCGGGGGGUUGGGUGCAGAUAAUGGAAUAUCUCCCCAUUAUCCAAUCACACAAUGGACGUCUCACGGACGAAAAUGCUGUGCGAAGAUGGUGGCAGGAAUACCAGGGCGCCAUGGGGGACAUGGAUCGGGACCCGCGGAUAGGUCGUCGGUUGAAGCGGCUGUUGCUCGACAACAGAUAUCGAGACGUCGACGUCGACAUAGUGCAGCUGCAUAUAGGUGACUGGUCGAAAAAUGAGACCCAAGCUAGCAUCGGUAGAGAUUCUGUUGAGGUACGUAUGCGUCCCGGCCAUAGAAGGUGGAUAUGCGCUGACUACGCGUCAUCCGUCCAGAUGAUUGGUGACCUCCUUGAGUCACUUGGGCUGUGGCCAUUCACGUCGAAGCUGGGCUGGGCAGCUGCGCAGUUUGAAGACCUCAUGCGAGAAGUUCGUGCAGAGCUCCAGAAUGUGGACUUGAACCUAUACAUUGAGCUGUAA